UGGCAAACUGUUGUGUCCUCCAGAGAGUGCUAGGAGCCCUGUGCAAUGAGAGCCGCCGCCUGUGUGCUGGGGAUCCCAAGUGCCACUCCUAUGUAGGGCAUGUGCGAUGGCCCCCGCCUCUCCCCUCCCUGCAGGAAGUCUUGUGGAGGAAUGAAGCCGAGCAGAUCGUCAACUUACUGGAAGUUGUACUGCUAGAAAAACAAGGACGGAGAGUCGGGAAAGCUGCCUGGACUGAGGGGAGGCUGAGCAGUAUGGUGGGGCACUGAGGGAUGGACCUGCAGCCAUGGAUCCUGGGGCUCUGUGCCCUGCUCCUGCAGGGGGGUCUCUGCAGAGAAGUUUGCACUGGAACGGACAUGAAACUGCUUCAUCCCUACAGCCAUGAGAACCAUUACCAGACUUUGCGGACCCUCUACCAGGAUUGUCAGGUUAUCCAAGGGAACUUAGAGAUCACCUACCUGAAGGAGAGCGAUGAUGUGUCUUUUCUGAAGGACAUUAAGGAAGUGCAGGGCUAUGUUUUAAUAGCACAUAAUCUGCUGAGCUAUAUCCCCUUGGAGAAACUGCGCAUUAUUCGUGGAACCCAACUCUUUCAGGAUCAGUAUGCCUUAGCAGUGCUGUCCAACUCACAGUCUGGAGGAACAGCUGGUCUGCAGGAACUGCGGAUGAGGAGUCUCACAGAUAUCCUAAAAGGGGGGGUGAUCAUACAGAAUAAUACCCAACUUUGCUAUCAUGAAAGCAUCAAAUGGGAGGACGUCAUGAUUCAAAGGGACCUUUUCCAUAAAGACAUGGUUCUACAGAGUGGAAGCCGUCUAUGUCCUCCUUGCUCAAGCAGCUGUGGAUCCUUGUCCUCAGGAACAGCGGGAUCAUGCUGGGGAGAGGGCGAGGAGAACUGUCAGAUUUUGACCAGCAUUAUCUGCCAGAGCGGCUGCCAUAGAUGUAAAGGGAAACAUUCCAGUGACUGUUGUCAUGAACAGUGCGCGGCCGGAUGUACUGGACCUAAGAACACCGACUGUCUGGCAUGUCUUAAUUUCAACAACAGCGGCAUUUGUGAGAUGCACUGCCCUCCUCUCACCAUAUACAACUUUCUGACCUUCCAGACCGUAAUUAAUGUAGACGGAAGAUACACUUUUGGAGCAACCUGUCUCGUCAAAUGUCCUUACAACUACUUAGCCACUGACAUUGGUUCCUGCACUCUGCUUUGCCCACAUGAAACUCAAGAGGUCCUAGUAGGAGAUAUGCAGAAGUGUGAAAAAUGUGACAAGUGCACUAAAGUUUGCUAUGGUCUUGGAAUGGACUUCCUGAAGACGACUCCAUUUAUUAAUUCUGCCAAUAUCCAGAAUUUUCGAGGAUGCACAAAAAUUGUUGGGAACCUGGUAUUCCUUCCUGAAUCCUUCCAGAGGACUUCAGAUAACACCACUCAGCUGACUGUGGAGGACUUGGAAGUCUUCAGGACCCUUGAGGAAAUUAUAGGAUAUAUAUACAUUGACAUGUGGUCUGAUGAGCUGAAUAGUCUUCAAGUGUUUGAGAACUUGCGUCUCAUUCGGGGCAGGCUGCUAUAUAAUGGAGCAUAUUCUCUGGUCAUACGCAAUCUUUCCAUCUCGUCUCUCGGAUUGCGGUCUUUGAAAGAAGUCAGCAGUGGAAUUGUACUGAUAGAGGGGAACUCUAACCUCUGCUUCUUGGACACCGUCCCAUGGACAAAAAUAUUCAGGAAUUCCAGACAGACUAUUCUGCAGACCGGCAAUAAGCCACAAACUACGUGUGAGGAAGAGGGCCAUGUAUGUUUUCAUCUUUGUGCUAAUGCGGAGUGCUGGGGCAGUGAAGCAUCCCAGUGUAUGCAGUGUGAUGGUUUGCUACGUGGGUUUGACUGUGUGGAUUCUUGCAAUGUUGAGGAGGGGGAUCCAAGAGAAAUUAUCAAUGGAAGCCAAUGUAUAGCUUGUCACCCAGAGUGCAUGCCUCAGAAUGCAUCGAAUACAUGCUUUGGCCCGUUAGCAGAUCAGUGUGCGCAAUGUGCACAUUACAAAGAUGGGGCCACUUGUGUUAAUCAGUGUCCAAGUGGGAAAAAAGUUGACUCCUACGUGCCCAUUUGGAAGUAUGCAGAUAAAGAUGGCAUCUGCCAGCUGUGUCCUGUUAACUGCUCCCAUUCGUGUGAUAAACAAGACGAGAGGGGGUGCCCCAUCAUUGUGAAUAAUAGUCAAACCUAUAUGAUAGUGGCAGUGGUAGGCAGCGUCUUACUCGUGGUCACAUGUGCAGUGGUCCUUGUGUUGUACAUCAGACGAAGGAAGCAGUUGAAGAAGAAACACACCUUAAAGCGCAUACUUCAGGAACAUGAGUUGGUGGAACCUUUGACUCCCAGUGGAGCAAUGCCUAACCAGGCUCAGAUGAGGAUCCUCAAGGAAACAGAGUUGAAGAAGAUGAAGAUUUUGGGGUCCGGUGCAUUCGGCACUGUGUAUAAGGGCAUAUGGAUCCCAGAUGGAGAGAAUGUAAAAAUCCAGGUGGCAAUCAAGGUAUUGCGAGAGAACACAUCUCCAAAAGCAAACAAGGAAAUCCUGGAUGAAGCAUAUGUGAUGGCAGGGGUGGCUAGUCCGUACGUGUGCCGUCUGCUGGGGAUCUGUCUGACCACCACAGUACAACUGGUUACUCAGCUCAUGCCAUAUGGCUGUCUGCUGGAAUAUGCACGAGAAAAUAAGGAUCGUAUUCACUCAAGAGAUCUUCUCAACUGGUGUGUCCAAAUUGCCAAGGGGAUGACAUAUCUAGAGGACAUCCGCUUAGUGCACAGGGAUCUGGCUGCAAGGAAUGUUCUGGUGAGAAACCCAACUCAUGUAAAGAUCACAGACUUCGGACUUGCAAGAUUACUGGAUGUGGAUGAAACAGAAUAUCAUGCAGAUGGAGGAAAGGUUCCCAUUAAAUGGAUGGCUUUGGAAUCUAUUCUGCAUCGGAAGUUCACCCAUCAGAGUGAUGUAUGGAGCUAUGGAGUUACUGUGUGGGAGCUGAUGACCUUUGGAGCUAAACCUUAUGAUGGGAUUCCUGCUCGAGAGAUUCCAGAUCUACUGGAGAAAGGGGAAAGACUCCCUCAACCUCCUGUAUGCACCAUUGAUGUGUAUAUGAUCAUGGUGAAGUGCUGGAUGAUAGACUCAGAGUUCCGGCCCAAGUUUCGGGAGCUAGUCACUGAGUUUUCACGCAUGGCUCGAGAUCCAAGUCGCUUUGUGGUCAUUGAGGAUGAAGAGCUCAUGUCCCAGUCUAGCCCUUUGACUACUCAGUUCUACAGCGAUUUAUUGCAAGAAGCAGCCAUGGAGGAUUUGGUGGAUGCUGAGGAGUAUCUAGUUCCUCACCAGGGAUUUUUUGGAUGUAAUGAGAGUGCAGUAGAACAUCGUAGUCGAAUAUCAUCUACACAGAGUCAAGCAGAGACACGGAUAGACCAGAUCUUAAUGGAUGAAACUGGCCAUGUGGAACCACUUUUGUCGCUAACUUUAUCACACAAGUCAGAUGCCAGCGAGUCUGAUGAUCUAAGUGAAGGGGAUUAUGUGUUUGAUCCACCACAUCCCAAGGAAAAUAGUCUUAAACACAGGUAUUGUAAGGAUCCUACAUUGCUUGGAGGAAAAGACACAGUGGAUGGAAGGGGGCUGGAGAUAGAUGGCUUCAUAGCCCCAGGAUCACCUACAUAUCCUCCAGAAUACGUGAACCAAAGAGAACCAAGCAGAAGUCACUCCCCGGUGAAGACACCAAGAACAUCCGUGUCUACUUUAGAGCGGCAGAAGGGACCGUUGUGCCGGAAUGGUAUGAUAAGGGAUCCAAGGAGUCCGGUACCAAUGAGUGCUGUGGAAAAUCCAGACUAUCUUCCUCCUCCAGGAAUGCACUUGCCAAACUCUUUCCCUCAAGCCUUUGACAAUCCUUAUUACUGGAAUCAUGAACUCAAAGCAGAAAGUGAACCUAACCCUACACAGAACGGAUUUACCACACCAACUGCAGAAAACCCAGAAUAUCUGUGGCUAGACGAGGCUAUGAAAAGGCCGCGGGAUGUGAUUGCAUAAAUUAGUAACCCAGUUAAAGGCAGCUGUUUUUCAAAGA